UUUGUGUAUACCGGCCAAUAAAUGCCAUUUUGAUGAUUUAUACUUCAGUGUUGUAUUGAACUGUUAGACAAAGCGUUUUUCAUGGCUCGUUAAUCCUGAAUUAAAUAGCCUGUAGAAUAAAAUAUCUUUUAUGACAUUUUUUUAAAUAAAAGGAAGAUGAAGUGCUAGUUUUGGGAUAUUUUUGGUGUAACGUUAGUCAAUCCUGUAUAGCUAAAUUAGUCAAUUUUAGCAAUUUCAGACAAAUCAUGAGGAAGGCUUUUUUAAAACAAGUAAAAAGGUUUCCAUGGAUAACGAAUGUCAGUCUGUUUGGCUGCUUGUUCGCUGGUGGGGAUUUCGUACAUCAGUGGUUUUCACGAAGAGACGAAAUGGACUGGCGGCAAACUGGAAAUGUUGCUGUGGUGGCUUUUAGUUUCCACGGCAACUUCAACUACUUCUGGAUGCGCGGUUUGGAGCGGCGGUUUCCGGGAAAUUCUGCCAGAAUGGUACUUCGCAAAGUGAUCCUGGACCAAACGAUUUCUUCACCGAUAGCCACCAGUGCCUUCUAUACAGCCCAGACCGACGUUUCCAUGGCUGAAAGCUCCAUGUCUCCAGACGAGAUCGAGGUGGAGAUGGCACGAAUCCAGCGUCUUCGUGAGGUUCUUGUGCGCCGGGAGUCUGAACUGCGCUUCAUGAUGGACGACAUUCAGCUGUGCAAAGACAUCAUGAGCCUAAAACAGGAGCUGAGGAAGAUUGUUGCAGUACCCGAGAAAGACAAGACCAAGAAGCACAGACAGAGGGAGGAGGAGUUAAUCCUGAACAUUCAUAAACUGGUUCAAAAACGGGACUUCUUGGUGGACGACGCAGAAGUAGAGAGAUUAAGGGAGCAGGAGGAAGAUAAGGAAAUGGCUGACUUUCUGAGGCUGAAGCUCAUGUCCCUGGAGAAGCUGGCCAAAGUCACGCAGAGUCCACCUAAACCCAAGAAGGCCGUCCCCGAGCCGCCCCCCAACAAGCCAUCCAUCGCCAAAUCAGGAGCUGCCAUAAUAAAGGACUGCUGUGGCGCCACCCAGUGUGCCAUCAUGUAACUGCAGCGACUCCCACAGGGACCGUUUGGCCCCAGGGAACAGCGUGAUCUGUAAUCACCCGACCCAAGUCUCCAGCAGAACCCUCACCUCAUCGCAGACACCAGAGAACCCUGGUUGAACACCAGCUCCGGGGGGGGGGGGGCACGAACACACUCAGCACAUCCUACAGAAAAGACAUUUCACACCUGGACUUCCAAACUUAUCACACAAGCAGGCACAUUUCACAUACACAAACUGCACAAACAUUUUACACAGACAUAUUUCACAUAUGAACAAAUACAGAGACACGUUUCACACAACGACAGCCAAACUACACGGGCAGACAAAUACAUUUCACACGUGAAUAUCUUCCGAAAGGCAAUGUGCACAGGGUAACACUCAGGCAGCCCAACUUACAUACUGCACAGACAGGCGCUUUACAAGUAAGUGUCUAACAUUUUAGGUGAAUUUGUUGUCGCCUAGAUUAUAUUUAGAAGCACAGAUUCGAUUGCUACUUUGCGGCAACAUUUCUGAAACUUAAGCGAAAGGCAAGUGCUUCAUUUGUCUCAAGCACUUCAGGAUUCAUUUGCUUUGUAUUGCCAGGAAUGUACUGCGUUGCAGUCUGCCACAAGGCAGAUGGAUUAAAGUGCCAAAUGUAUACUUCUUCCCAGGAGCUCAGGAGAAAAAAAAAAAGUGGCAGCAGUCUGCAAAAUGGUAAUUACUAUUGAGGUCACUUACCCCAGAAUGAAGAUCAAGUAUUCUUCUGCUCAAGUUUAUGGUUUCUUUACCACAUGCAUUUAAACCAGGGUUCUCUGUAGACUUGGGAAUGAGGCAAAUAACAUUGUCCUUAUAAAGUCCACUGUAUAUGCUAUAUUUCUGUAUUCGAUAACAGGGCUAUUUAUGUUUAUUACUAGCCCUUUAAGAGUAUAGUCGAAACACCAACCGCCUCCUCUAAAUUAUCUCUGGUUUACUGGAAAUAUACCAGGCAUUCUCUCACUGUUUUAUCACAAGACCAUAAACGUGGACUCACUGAAUGGAGUUUCCAUUUGCCAUUAACUGAAAAUCUGAAAGCAAGACUAUAGAAAGCAGUUUCGGUUUGCAAGAACUGUCUUGCAUGGUAUUCAGUCAUGACAUCCAGGGAAUAGGUGUCAUAUAUAGAAUUUCACUUUUGGCUUUCAAUCCAAGAUAACACUGGACUACAGCGAUAGGGUUUUUCCACCUUUCACUGACAAGUAUAGGACUGAUAGGAGAGGUGGACCUGGGUAGGACGCUGUAAAUAUAUGACAGGAAAGUUUAAAUAUGUGGAAUAUUUGUAACUGCAGAAACCAGUGCAUAAAGUUGGGGGAUGGUCUGGAAACUCCACUCCUGUAUCUUUGUGUGAACAAAACGUGUCUGCACACAAAAAAAAUGCAAACUGUAUAUUUUGUAGGAUGUGUAUGAUCACUUUCAGGCCGUUUUUCAGACAUGCAUUGUAAAUCAAAUCCUAUUAUGUGAAGGGAAAUUGAUUUACCUUAGAGGUAGUUCCAUCAUUCUCAACAUGUUCGUUAAUAUUGCUUUAGGGGAUGAAGAUGCAUUUGCAUGUUAAAAUGCUAAGAGUUUAGAGGUUAGAAUAUUCAUGCUAAACAUACAAACUAGAAUUGAUCAAGAGGUGUAUGCAAUUUGUAAAAGUCCAUGUAAAAUGUAUGUUAUGAGGGAUGUUUUCUAGAAUCAAUAAGCAAGUGCAUAGCAGCUCUGGGAUUUACUCAAACUGUGAUUUACUCUCGGCGUGGGGAAGGAGGGUCAAACCGGUUCCUCUCAAAGAACACCUGAGACCAAAAUUCACCUUUUCCUCAAUUCAGUCAAUUCUUCAUAAGCAAACACAUACGUCUUAAAGUAUAUUCAUUCUUUCAUUCAGUCAGUUAUUUCAUCAUAACUAGUUCAUAGGGUAUUAUCCGGCUUAGGCUAUACCACGGCUAACCUACCGAAGUAAUGUAGCAGUGGACAAUUUAUUUUUCGUUUAGAAACCAAUUAAUUAAAUGAAACAACUGAACGGGAGAAGAAAAAAAAGUGACUGUUGGCGAGAUAAAAAUGUUUUGCGCAGCCUAAAAUUGUCUGCUGCCACUAAAAUCUAACUGCAUCAUUGCCGAUGUUCACUAGCUCACCAUCGCCGAAAAGGAAAUAUAACGUUAGGCUAUUAGUAAUGUUAGCUCGCAGUAUAAUGGCAAGCAAUUAAUAGAAAUUUGACGCUGUAUUCCAGAGCCAUUUUAAAAGGAAGCAUAGAAAGACCUCAUAAUUCCCUUUGGUUUUACAGCACUCAAUCGACUGACAUGUCUCAUUCUUGCAUUCAGUCCCGCUAAACUGCUAAAAUAAAAAUCGAGGCAUUCCUAAGUAGCCUAUUAUUUAUCUGCGCUUGUAGUACUGCCUUGUUUUCUGGAGUGUUCACAGCCAGUAAAAGUUUUAUCUUGCUCUCCUCACCCUCACGUGUGUUGCAAGUGAUUUUAUUAUUGCUGCCCAAGUUAACACGCUCAGUUACAUUAUGCUACAUGGUUAUCGUUCGACAAUGCAAUGUGUAGCGUAGCUAACAGAAUAUGUAGCCACAGUACCGCAACAUAUUUGUCUCACCAAGUCGGCUAUGAUAACCGAACUACUUACAUGAAUUAGAAAUGCAAUGCAUAGCAGUGUGUGUUGCGCGCCUUUCUAUUUGUUGGACAUUUCAGCAGUGAAAAAAUUCUUCACACCUGUUCGAUCCGUUCUUAUUAGCAAGUUAUACGAAAUUAAUCCCACGUGACACAUCUCGGCCAAUCAGAAUGCCGCAUCUGCCCUAGGCGGUCGGUUAUUUUUCCAUGCGUGGUAUAGAUAAAAUCAGCAGUUAACUUCGGGGUGGAUUGCCGCUCUGGCUCUGCGGUCUACUGCCGUUGAGGAAUAUGAAGCAGGCAGUGUUUUCCGUGUCAUUUAACCAAGUCAAUAUUGGAAUACAAAAAUAAUGUGAAAACUGAACCAAUUUUUUUAUUCAUAUGAUUUACACGAUGUCGUCUAGCUAGCUAAUGUUACGUUAGCUGUCAGCAUCCCCUAACGUUGUAGCUAACGUUAGCUAGCCUACAUCAUUAACAUGAAUAACCAGUACAAACUAGCUCAAUGCUGCAAUUAACAUUCAGUUUAAGGGACAACUAUAAAAACAUGCUCUAUGGUUUUACUAUGGCCUGAAUGACUAACGUUCAUGUAUACAGAUAAUUAGGUCAUUAAGUGGAAACCGGUGAAUCUAGAAACCGAACCCUAAAUACGUAUCAACCCUCAACGGUGGCUAACCCACCCCUGCCAUAGUCAAUCACAGCUCAUCUGGAGUCAACAAACAAAAUGUGAAUUUGUGAUUGUGAAUUUUUAAGAAAGGUACUGAAGUAAGAAUAUUCACUCUAUGCAGCACUGUGCUGAAAUAUGAAACCUGUAUAUACGUUUGAAUAAAUGCAUCUUUCUGGAA